AUGUCCGGCGAAAACGUCUCGUCGAGCGGAAGCAAUAACGAAAAUAUUCCCACCACCUAUAGGGAACUAGUAUCUGGGGAUGUCAGCCCAUCUGAUAGUAUAAAUGGAAGUGCAAUCAACAGUGGACUCAACAGUGGAAUCAACAGUGCAUCCCCAAGCAGACCGAAUAGUGCAGGAGGAAAUCCACCAAAAAAUCGAGGAAGAGUUAGAUUCAAUGCCACCAACGAAGCAAAUGAUUCGGAAAACAAGAAGUCCCUUCACCCAUUGAGGGAUAAGUCUGUCUCACCUCAGAGAAUGCUACAUCAGUUAUCAAUGCCAAAAUCCGCCAAAUACACACCAUCUCAUUCAAGAAACAGUAGUUCCAAUUCGUUGAUGAGAUUCACACCCGAUAAGGAAAAGGAUAACCCAUUCUCAGAUUUAGCAGUUAUCAAUAAUAGUCCAGUUCCACCAACACCUGUCAGCAAACCGAGACCGAGUGUAUUAAGAAACAACCCUGGUGGAGGAUACAAGGCAGAUCUAUCGGAUGUGGAAGAGAGCAAUGAGAAGACAUUCUCUGCUUUGGCUGCUCAGAGUAGAGCUCAGAGAAUUGCUUCGCUGGUUGGAAGUCACUCGACACCGAACUCGAGAAGAAAUAGUAUAGACGACGACGCAGACGAUUACCCAUCUCCACGACCAAGGAACCCUGGCGGUCUUCCAGUUCGAAUCGACGACAUUCCACUCGUUCCAAUGGACAGUAGGCCAUAUGAUGGAGCAGAUAGCGACGAUGACAUUCAGAACGAAAAGACGAAAGAAUCGAGUUCGACCGAAGCACAUAAACUCGUAAGAUCUCACACAAGCAAAGGUCGAAAAGAUGCAUUCAAAAUGCCUGUACCACGUCCAGGGUUGGUUUCUGGUCAAGUCACACCCGAAGAUGAACAUGGUAUCAUGGAAGAGUAUGUUCCACGACCUCAACAAUUUAGAGGUGGUGUUCUUUCAUCACUGCUAAAGCUUUAUAAUGCACCCGCCAAUGGAACCAUGAGUGUUCCAGCUUCAAGAAGAAACAGUGAUGGUUCCGAAGGCACUCUCCCAGUUUCCCUCGGAUCUUCAGGAGUUACAACUCCAAAGAAGAAUGCAAAAUGGUACCAUCAAAAGAGUCAAUCUCAAGAUACUCUCGCUGGUCUUAUGGAAGCAUCUGCGAUGUUGGCUGCGCCUGUCGGAGGAACCUAUACGCCCAAGAAGAAGGUUCCAAGACCUGGAAUGGGAAAACGUACAAACAGUGGCAGACUUAUUGAGACAGCCGCUAGACAACUGGCUGGAAAGCCGAGAUUGGAGGACGAAAUUCGAAUCACUAUCCAUAUCGCGGAGACUUUAAGCAGACAAAAAUAUCUAUUGAAACUUUGUCGAGCACUAAUGACAUACGGAGCACCAACACAUCGUCUGGAAGAAUAUAUGAAGAUGACAGCUAGAGUUCUUGAGAUUGAUGCUCAAGUCCUCUACAUACCUGGCUGUAUGAUUAUUUCUUUUGAUGAUGCAUCAACUCACACCACCGAAGUAAAGCUCGUUAGAUCUGUACAAGGAGUUGAUCUUGGCAAAUUGAAAGAUGUUCACGAAAUAUACAAAGAGGUAGUGCAUGAUGUUAUUGGUGUUGAGGAAGCCACACAGCGAUUGGAUGCGAUCAUUCAUGCGAAGCCAAAGUAUCAUCCUUGGUUUUUGGUCAUGGUAUAUGGUUUUGCAAGUGCCAGUGUAGCACCAUUUGCUUUCGAAGGACGUCUCAUCGAUUUACCCAUUGCAUUUUUAUUAGGGUCUCUUCUUGGUUUCUUGCAACUCAUCGUUGCUCCCAAAUCCGAUCUCUACGCCAAUGUCUUCGAAAUUUCAGCCGCGGUCUUGACGUCUUUCUUGGCACGAGCUUUUGGUUCGAUUCGAGGAGGUGAUCUUUUUUGUUUCUCUGCCCUCGCUCAAUCGUCCAUCGCUCUAAUUCUCCCUGGUUAUAUGGUUCUCUGUGGUUCCCUUGAACUUCAAUCACGUUCCAUGGUUGCCGGUUCCGUUCGUAUGGUCUACGCAAUUAUUUAUUCUCUUUUCCUUGGAUAUGGUAUCACUAUCGGCACCGCUGUCUAUGGUCUUAUGGAUGCCAACGCUACCAGUAAGACUACAUGCGACGCUCCAAUGAACCAAUAUGUUCGCUGGUGUUUCGUUCCAGUCUUUACUUUAUGCCUCGCAGUCAUUAAUCAGGCAAAAUUCAAACAGAUGCCCGUCAUGUUAGGCAUCUCAUUCUCGGGCUAUGUUGUCAACUUUUUCUCCGCAAAGAAGUUCCCUUCGAGCGCACAAAUUUCCAAUACUCUCGGCGCUCUCGCUGUAGGUGUGCUCGGUAAUUUGUAUUCAAGAGUCAGACAUGGUGUAGCAGCAGCUGCACUAUUACCUGCUAUUUUCGUACAAGUUCCUUCUGGUCUCGCUGCUAGUGGUUCUUUGCUUGCAGGUUUGAGUACAGCGGAUUCUAUUACCAAUAGUACGUCGUAUGCGAAUGGAACGACAAAGGUUAAUGGAACAAGCUCCGUUAGCGUUGGGAGUUCUGAAGAUUUAAAUACGAUUGUGUUCAAUGUUGGUUAUAGCAUGAUUCAAGUGGCUAUUGGAAUCACUGUUGGUCUUUUCCUGAGUGCGUUAAUUGUCUAUCCGUUCGGAAAGAGGAGAAGUGGAUUGUUUAGUUUUUAG